CCUGCACGUCCCGCCGGCCCGCGCUCGUGCCUCGCGCCUCGCGCCUCGCGCCACGUCCCCCGGCCCCGGCGCGCGGCGGAGUUGGCCCUGGGCGGUGCGGGGCUGGGUGUGGCCGGCGGCUCUGGUCUCGGCCGCGCCGCGCUCUGCACGCCGGCUCCGCGCUCGAGGGGCUGCCGAGCGCCCAGCGGACACAGGCAGCGCCCGGCUCCCGCGGGCCCGAGCUCCCUCCAGUUGCUUUCACUUACUAAUUCCUGACGUAAACAGAUUCAAAGGAUGAGUGAGCUGGAACAGUUGAGGCAGGAAGCAGAACAACUGCGGAAUCAGAUUCAGGAUGCUAGGAAAGCAUGUAAUGAUGCAACCCUUGUGCAGAUCACGUCAAAUAUGGACUCUGUGGGUCGAAUACAAAUGCGGACAAGACGUACGCUGAGGGGCCACCUAGCUAAGAUCUAUGCUAUGCAUUGGGGAUAUGAUUCAAGGCUACUAGUCAGUGCUUCCCAAGAUGGAAAAUUAAUUAUUUGGGAUAGCUAUACAACAAAUAAGAUGCACGCUAUUCCUUUGAGGUCCUCCUGGGUGAUGACCUGUGCUUAUGCUCCCUCUGGCAACUAUGUUGCCUGUGGAGGCCUGGACAACAUCUGCUCCAUAUAUAACUUAAAGACCAGAGAGGGGAAUGUGCGAGUGAGCCGAGAGUUGCCUGGCCACACAGGCUACUUGUCCUGCUGUCGUUUUUUAGAUGACAGCCAAAUUGUUACAAGUUCAGGAGAUACAACUUGUGCUUUAUGGGACAUCGAAACUGCCCAGCAGACCACCACAUUCACUGGGCAUUCUGGAGAUGUGAUGAGUCUCUCUCUGAGUCCUGACAUGAGGACUUUUGUUUCUGGUGCUUGUGAUGCCUCUUCCAAGUUAUGGGAUAUUCGAGAUGGAAUGUGUAGACAGUCUUUCACAGGACACGUCUCAGAUAUUAAUGCUGUCAGUUUUUUUCCAAAUGGCUAUGCCUUUGCCACUGGCUCUGAUGAUGCCACUUGCCGGCUCUUUGACCUUCGUGCAGACCAAGAGUUGCUGUUGUAUUCUCAUGACAAUAUCAUCUGUGGAAUCACUUCUGUAGCCUUCUCAAAAAGUGGGCGCCUCCUACUAGCUGGUUAUGAUGACUUUAACUGUAACGUAUGGGACACGCUAAAAGGAGAUCGUGCAGGUGUCCUUGCUGGUCAUGACAACCGUGUCAGCUGCUUAGGUGUAACUGACGAUGGCAUGGCUGUGGCUACAGGCUCUUGGGACAGUUUUCUUAGAAUCUGGAAUUAAGAGUGUCAUACAUAUUUUCUGUUCUCCAUUGGUAUCUGGAGAAAUCAAUGUUACAGCCUAUAGCUGUGAAAAAAUUCUACCUUAUAUUUGCAGGUGAAGAUUUUUCUAUUGAGAUUAUUAUAUACAAAAAGAAGCUUUCAGUAAACUAC